AGCUGCAGCUGUUUUGGCCCCACACGAAGCGGAGACCAUGCCAAGCUUGCUGAAGGCCCGGGCGGGCAAGCCCUCCGUGACGGAGAUGAAGUCCCAGCUCUCUGCGCUCCGAAAGCCCAGCGCCGCGCUUCUGGAGGCAUUGUUCACCAAGUACCAUCAGAUAUGCCUGGCCCACGACCCACCCUUGAAGGAGGUGCAUGUGGCAGAGCCGGACAUCAAUUGGAAGGCACUGAUACUCAGCCUGCCAUCGCCAGAGAACACAAAGGUCCUUGGCUGCGGCAUCCGUCGCGUGCUUCUGAAGCGGGCGGAGUGCGUCUACGACGGCAUCUACCGAUUUCAUGUGGAGAGGAGAGAUCUGACGCAGGCCAUGUUUGAGUUCCGAGAUGCGUACGACGACCCUUACCAUCACUACAAGGACAAGUCCUUUAAGGAUGAUGUGGACACCGCGCUCCGGGCCGCGGUGCUAUCUCACCUAGUGCAGUUCAAGGAGCUCCACUGCAAAGACAGCCAGAUGGAGCUUGUGAGUCACAUCUCCGGCAUCGCCCUGCCCUGGGAAAAAGCGGUGGUCCAGCACUUUCCUGUGACCUUUCGGCUGCUCUUGGAUUCCUUCCUCAAUGAGAACCAGAUCAUCUUGGAGAACAUCCAGCUGGACUAUUGCGAAGACCAUGGGUACAAGAUCAAAGAUGUGGAGCUCAGGGACAAGUGGCGGCUCUACCACCGAAGUCACGCACAAUAUCGCAUCAUCUCCACAGAUGAGGCGAUGGAACAGGACCACCUCUGAAGCUUCGGCAAAUAAUUGCGCGACUCGGACAUGUCCAGCGACCUUUGCGAGAUGUUUCGCGG